AUGGAAAAGAACAACUACUCCAUGUCAGAUUACAGCUUGAUUGAGAAUCACAGAGAACUGACAAAAAUGCUGUCCGAGUUGGAGGUUCAUACGACAAACUGUGAACAAAACAUGCAUUCAGUGAGGUUCAGUAAAGGUGAAAUCAAUGAUGACUUUCUCGGGUCUUUGGUUGGAAAAACAUUGGAAUUAGACAGCAUUGAAUCUGUCUCUACAUUCAUCAGUACAGAUCCACUGCGACCAUUAGGAAUCUGUCAGUCAGUGGACGGUGGACUACUGGUCACCUUUAGAGACAUUAAAUCAGAUGCUUACAAAUUAGAGCCACAUAGGAAACGUCUGGCGAGACACGUCACAAUGACAGGUGAUGUCAUCCAUGAAUAUGAGUACUAG